GCCUUUCGUUGCGCUCUUUAAGGACUCCACCAGCAGAGGGUGCAGCAAAUGACCAACAAAUCGCGAUAUUUUUCAUUACUCUGGCUCUUGCUAUUCUUGCCGACCUCAAAAGGUCGAUGUAUCACCCUGAUGCUCGCCGUUAUUAUCAUCUAUCACGAGCUUCCAUAUCAUUGAGUGAGGACAUCUUCCAAUCGAGGUCCCUGUACGCAAUCCAAUACCUAGUAUGUUUACUUUUCAUUUCUUCGCCCUCAUCUGAUAUACGUUUACAGCAACUGCUCGCUACCUAUAAUGGGAUGACGAACGAUCCAAAUGGAACAAAUAGAGCAUGGGGUGCUAUGGGUUUGGCGAUUAGACUGGCCCAAAUGGUGGGUUUCAAACUAGCUCUACGACUGAAAUUGACCCCAAAUUAUUGA